UCAUGCUUUGCAUUUAAAAGGCAGCUUCGAUCCGUUCGGUUUAUUUCACCCUUAUCAAUUGUGCCGAAAAUGGCUGUGGAAAAAAACGGAGGAGUCGCACUCGCCCAUCCCUUGGAAGGCGAGGAGGUCGUCAUUACAGGGGUGUCUGGACGUUUUCCCAACUCGGACGACGUAUACCAGUACAGGAGCAACAUCUAUAACAAAGUUGAUAUGGUCACAAGUGAUCAUGGGCGCUGGUUACCGACCAACCCCGAGAUACCCCAUCGUAUUGGUAAAAUUAAUCAUCUCGAGAAGCUGGACGCUGGUCAAUUUGAUUUGCAUUACCACGAAGCCAACCAGAUGGAUCCCAUGAUCAAGAUUUCCUUGGAGAAGGCGUACGAGGCGAUCGUUGAUGCCGGUUACAACGUGAACGAGAUGAAAGGUGCGGACUGUGGUGUCUUCAUGGGGUGCUGCUUUUCGGAAACCGAGGAGGCGGUACUUAUGGCGACGAAUACCAGCCCAAACUUUGGCCUGACAGGGUGUUCUCGAUCAAUGAGUGAGAUAUCGGUAUAUUAUAAUAUAUGGGCCACAACUCACAUUUUGAUUUACGAUAUUCUUAGAUUGAGAGAGGGCAAUUGA